AUGGGACCUUGGGCUGUUGAUCUGGCCUUGUCCGUUGGAAUAUUCCCGUAUGUUCUAAAGCUUCUGCAGACGACAACGCCGGAGCUGCGACAAAUUCUGGUUUUUAUAUGGACAAAGAUUCUGGCCUUAGAUAAGUCUGCUUCUCAAGUCCAUGGGGGUCUUCUUGCAGCUGGUUUCUUUGAUGGUUCUGUCAAGCUUUAUGAUGCUCGCAUUCCUGAAUUGCUUGUCUGCACAAUGCGCCCACAUGUGCAAAAAGUAGAAAAGGUUGUGGGGAUUGGCUUUCAACCCGGACUUGAUUCGUCGAAGAUUGUCAGUGCCUCUCAGGCUGGUGAUAUUCAAUUUCUGGAUAUCAGAAAUCAGAGGGAUCGGUAUCUAACCAUCGAUGCUCACAGAGGUUCACUUACAGCAUUAGCCGUUCAUAGACAUGCUCCUAUCUUAGCUAGCGGUUCAGCCAAACAGUUAAUUAAGGUCUUCAGCCUAGAUGGCGAUCAACUAGGCACCAUUAGAUACCAUCAACAAGCGUGUUUUCAUUGUUGGUGGAAUCAGACUUGAAUAAUAUGGGAUUUAUGUGCUUUAAGAUAUGAAUGGGAUUUAUUGUUGCUUUAAGAUAUGAAUGGGAUUUAUGUGCAAGUGCUAAUAGCAUUUUCAUUGUUGGUGGAAUCAGACUUGAAUAAUAUGGUUUCCUACGUAAUGUGACUUGUAGUUUCAA